AGUCAACAAACAGUCCAGGUUCUCCUUCAAAACUAUCAAUUCAAUCUGAAUAUAACAAUCAGCUUCAAGCUGCACUCCAGAAGCUAAUCGAGGAGGUUCGCCACAGUUGGACCUACGCCAUCAUGUGGAGUUCAUCGUACGACCAUUCUGGCAUGCCCAUUUUGCGAUGGGCUGAUGGAUACUACAAAGGCAACAAUGAUUACGACGUGGAAACCAACGACAGGACUGAGAAGCCAUUGUCAGUGGUGUUAGAGGAACAAGAGAUCCUAGCUUCUGCUACGGAUGAAGAAGAUGUUACCAAUACCGAGUGGUUCUUCUUGAAGUCGAAGACGCAGUGCUUCUUGAACGGCAGUGGCCUCCCAGGCCAAGCUUUUGUCACUUCGAGAUUGGUUUGGGUGGCUGGGUUGGACCAUCUAGCGACCUCGACGUGCAACCGGGCACGAAUGGGUCUGGCUUCCGGGCUCCAAACCAUGGUUUGGUUACCCUCGGCAAAUGGUAUCGUGGAAUUGGGCUCGACUAUGCUAAUUUUCCAAAGCACCGAUAUGAUCAACAAGGAGAUCGUGAUGGGGAAACCUAAUCAACUGAGAGGUGGAGAGCAUGAUGUAUUAACUCAGGAUGAUAGUUUUGAAGAGAUUUAUCAAAUACUUGCCACUCUGCCACCAAUGACUGAGAAGCAUCAAGCUUGUGCGUCUGAGCAACAAACUCAGGGUGGAGCCUCCCCCACGCUUCUUCCUACUCCAAGAGAUAUAAUCUUGGUUUUGUUCAAGCGAUUUCGUCAGCUAAGCCCACCUGGGUUUAGAGGAACAACUAACCCAUUUAAGGCUGAGGAAUGGAUAAAGAAGAUGGAAAAUAUUUUCAAUACCAUAGGGUGCAUUGAUGAUCAACGUGUAACAUUUGCUACAUUCAUGUUAGAGGGAGAGGAGGUUAACCGAUGGUGGGAAUAUGAACAAAGAUUGAUGAAUGAGGCAGGGGCACAAGUAACGUGGGAGGCAUUCUCAAAGGCAUUUUAUGAUCAUUACUUUCCUGAUAGUAUUCGAGAUCAGUUAGAGUCAAAAUUUCUUAAACUCAUACAAGGGAGCAAGACAGUUAAAGAAUAUGAGAUGAAAUUCUUAGAGCUAGUACGAUAUGCCCCUCAUGUUGCAGAAGAUGAGGAUAGUAAAUGUCGUAGGUUUUAUGAGGGUUUGAGGAAAGACAUUAGGUCACAAAUUAUUCCCUCCAUGUUAAGGGAUUUCACUGUGCUAAUUGAACAAGCUAAGGUGGUAGAGAAAAAUUGUGAUCAUACGCAGGUUCGUGAGUCAAAAAGAAUGAGAUUUGCACGUACUUUACAAUGAGGAGGCCAAAAUGGGAGACAACAUUGUAGUGAUGGGAUCUGCUGAGCGGUGACAGACACUUGUCACAUUUGUAAAAGGGCUCACCCCUGCAAUGUCUAUUAUACACGCAGUACA